GUGGUUCUAUUUAUAAAGUGGAGGCAACUGGCGAAUCUGAAGGUACAAAUAUUCGUGAUACAAUACUUCAAGAAUUAAGAAUAGUUAUUAAUAUUAGCAUAUACUCGGGAGGUGGAUAUUGCUUUUCGCGCAUUUGAUUGGGUGCUCAGCUCCGGAUAUCCUUGCACUUUUCUCAUCCUGACAAAAACAAAAUGACUUCUCCUUUCGUUCCGAUUUAUAUACAGAUGAGUAAAUUUUUGUAUGCUAGAAGAAGCUGCGGUUUCGCAAAACAGGAAAAAAGCCACAAAGUUUUGUUUAACAGUUUGUAGAGGUAUUCUUUAAAGCUAUUUCUAAUUAAUAAAAUUACUAAAAGCGUGUCAAUACAGUUAUGUUUACAACCGCAGUGUUGCUGGAGUGAAGAACAAAUUGUGUUAAAAAUAUUUUCGUUGUUUCGUGGUCAUUUUUGUUUUGUUGUGGUAUAUGCUAAAACAAUUAUUCACCUCAGUGUCGGUUAAUAGUACCUCCAGUUCGGUGAAUAAUUGUAAACUAUUUUAUUUUCAAAAACCAUCCCACAAACAUUAGUCAUUUUUAGUGCUUCUUCCUAUCAGGUUCCGAAAGCUAUUCAGGCCCCACUGUAAAAUGCGCUUCAUGGUUAUAGUAAGAAACAACAGCAAAAUCUAUGCAGUAUCUUGUUCAUCAUAGCCGGGACGUUGCCAGCCUUAAACGAGUGGGAGGUGGGGGUGCAAUCGUGGACUAGGGGUCCGACCUUUCGGAGGCAUGAUCAACCAGAAAAUUUUAGUUUAGGAUCUGUGAAACGCUAUUUCAUACAUUUUAGACACGUUUUAUGAUAAUCUGAAAGCCACAGAUUUGUAAUAUUUUAUGUCAUUGAUGAAAGUAUUACGAGGUUAAUUAAGCUCCUCGCCCCAGUUUUUCAUCAGUUUUGGAAGAAUUACAAAAUUGUGCCUAAAUUACAAAAUUGGUCACAAUAGUCCCCCUGCAUCAUACAUUACUUCACAUAUACAGUGGAACCCCGUUAAUGCGACCACCGUACGGCCAAAAUAUUUUGAUCGUAUUAAUUAGCGGGGCGGUCGUAUUAACGAGAGUCAGAUCAAAAUACGGAACAGAUGUUAUUUAACAUCUGUGCCGUAAAUAUUUUUUUAACAUCUUUGUGAAACGCUGAAAUUUUUGGAGUUUAAAAAAAUUUUGUGGAAGAUUUUGAAGUUUUGCUUUGGAGAGGUGCCCUUGGUGUGGGUCCGCCCCCCUUUGCUUUAUGAUCGUUCCGGCCUCCCUGGGUAAAAUUAUGGUUUUCUUCAGACGUUUUUAUAUACCGCUCGCCAUACCCUGGAUUCCAGAUGCUUCGGUGAUUUUCCUUGCUAAGUAACCAUGGGUUGUAAUUUAAGCGCCGGAAUCCUCUGGUAUAAUUAAAAUGAGCCCAUGCAUUCUUCCAUUUCUUCGAUCGAACCGCGGCAAUCACAAAACAAAAUCAUCGAUUUUAGCACAGAAUCUGUAUUAGACACCUGAUUGGUAUAGACGUUUCAAAAUAGAAUAAUUUACAUAUAUAUUACGGUAAAAUAUGAGUUUCUCGCUGUUGGCUCUCGGCAGAGGUUAAUUCCUAACGAUGUUUUCAGGCUCGUUUACACUUGCAAUUUUUGCUGCGAUUUUAGGUGCGAUUUUCGUCUUUUGAUGGAUGCGAACGAGUGGAUAAGUUGUAACUCUUCUACUCGUUCACAUGCAUUUGAAGGAGAAAAUCGCACUAGAAGUCGCAGCAAAAAUUGCAAGUGUAAACGGGUCUUUAAGGAAAUUUCAGGAUAAAUACUCCGCUUUAACACUGUCUUUAGUGGGUCUCACAAACUCGACAUUCCACAGCCACCCGUACAGAAUGAUUCAAGAUGGCCGCCGUCUUCUGUAUUAUUUACCCAAUGUUUCGUUCCUGGUUAAUUAAUUAAUUAAUGCUAUUUUAAGGUGGCGUCGUUGAAUUUUACUAGAUAGCAUACUAAAAUAUUUGUGGUAUAUAUUCUUUGCGUGAUUUAAAUAAAAUCCGGUAAUGGUCGAUAGGCAAGAUUUCUAAGCUUACUGAUUCCGAAGGCAGUUUUAGUUUGGCGAACUGCCCUGAUAGACCACUGAAAUGUUUCGUUUAUGUAGUAUAUGUGGACUCUGUAUUUUUGCGUAAUUGAACUCCUGUAUGAAUCUAUACAAUAUAGCUCCAUUACUUAAAGUAUUCGUAGUUUCCUCUUCGCUUGACCGAUAGCAGACACAGGUCAGUUGGUAACAUUUAUAAACUUACUUGUUUGAUUGCGUAGGCGACCGUAGACAUUAAGGGCGUAGCCAGCCCCAAACGAGUGGCGGAGGUCUAAUCGUUCCGCCGGCUUAGGGGCGUGGUCUCCAGGAAAAUUUUCCACGACCCUCCCAAGGGUUUGUUUUUCAUCUUUAUUUCAUGUUUCCUAUUUAUUGUGCGCGCUUAGAUUUAAGAAUGAUCAUGAGCAUGAGCAUAACUUAUAUAACGAUGAAAAGAAAACUGUAAAUAACACCAUCCGCAAAUUUAAUGCUACAUUAAUAACAAACUUGUAUGUAUUUCCUGCAUUUUCUUAUGUUUAGCAUUAACAGACAUCACGUUUGUUCUACCACCAAAUAGAAAUCAUUUUCAGCCUAUGUUUGAACUGAGAUUUAAGAAAGAAGACACAUGGUAUUCUGUUCAUGCAUCGGAAAGCGGUGUGACAGCAUCUAAGGUAUGCUGAUUAUAUAGGCCUACUUCGUCAUUAUAUAGUAUUCUGGUGUAGUUUUUUUAUCAUUACUUUAUACAAUAUUUAAAAACGGCUUAAUUGAAUAUAAUUUUUUUUAUCAUUCCUCAAUUAAAGAACAACUGUCAAACCAUGAUGUCGCGGGCUUUUGUUAUUGUUUUUAUCUUACCCAAAAUCAACAAAUAGCAAUAAAAAUACCUUGUUUGGUACGUUUCCGAUAAGAAUCAGAUGAAAGAAGCAAAUAUCGUAAGGGAUUGUUUAAAUAUACCCGGAUUACAAAAAAACGUUUCCAGAUUGGUUGAUCUACUCCACCCAUAAAAUGGCCGGCAGCAGGUAUUUUCAGCCCGAAAUAUUAUGGUCUGAACACCAAUCCUUUGAUAUAACUGAAUCAAAAUUUUCAUUUAAAAUACCUCGCCUAUUCGUACCAAUAACAAAUAAUUGAGUUUGAUUUUCUAGUUUUACUCUAUCGAAUUUUCUCGUCAUAGGUGAUUAUUGUAACUAAAUUCUUGAAAACCAAGUGCUGAAGUUGUUAAGCCGCUCAUGAAGUCUUUACUCAGUCGCAGUCUUAAAAUCCACAGGCGGCCCGAUCUCGCAAGAGUCAGUAUAUAGACUUAUAGUAAUGUAUAUAUAUUAUAGUAAAAAUGUGUCAUAAAAUAUAAAUUUUAAAAUGAAAUUGACUUGCCUAUUUGGUAGUGUGUGUUCUCCUUUUAUUCCUCUUUUGUUGGACUAAUAUUUUCCGAGACUUUGCACUCGAUGGUACUAGUAUACAUAAUACAUGACAAAGGCAAACUACUUACAAUCGUCGUCCGUCUGCAUGGAAUCGAAAAUUUUCCCACUCAAAUCGCUAUAUUCUCAAAAACAUUUGCUGGCAUGUAGAACAGAUGCCGUUGUUCCAAAAUACGGUGAUACUUCGGAGAGAUGUACAAGUUUGGACCAUAUUUUAACAAUGGCAAUCAAAACCCAUUUUAUAUUGAACUUACAAAGACCGACGCGAUUACUACCGCGAAUGCUUGGGCAACCAGGCCUCCUUUAUCGUUGAAAUUUACAGGGGGGUUACAUUAAUUCGAGAUAUGAUCGUUAUAUUAAAGGCUAAUUUGAAAUAUGAUAUAUAGACAUCAUAAAUUGUUUUAAAUACAUUUCUUAUUAUAACAUACGUGCUAUAUGCACUCCGACAAUAUGUUGUUUUCCAUUUUACUUCCCGCUUUUUGGUAUUUGCAUGCUGUGGGCAUGCAGCGUCCCCCUCCCCCCUGUAAAUCCCAACGAGAAAGGAGGCCUGGUUGCCCAGGCAUUCGCGGUAGUAAUCGUCGGUUUUGUAAGCUCAAUAUAAAAUUUUCGAUUCCUUGCAGACGAUUGUAAGUAGUUUGCUUUUAUCAUGCAUUAUGUAUAGCUACUAGUACCAUCGAGUGCAAAGUCUCGGAAAAUAUUAGUCCAACAAAAGAGGAAUAAAAGGAGAACACGCACUAUCAAAUAGGCAAGUCAAUUUCAUUUUAAAAUUUAUAUUUUAUGACGUAUUUUUACUAUAACAUACAUUACUAUAAGUCUAUGCUGACCCUUGCGAGAUUGGGCUGUACACAGAGUAACAUAAUCAUAGGUGUCGUGGACUUGUGGUUAUAGUGUCUAAACUUCCAUGAGUCAAAUAAUUUAUAAUGGCACAAUGUGGCUGCCUAGUGUAGUGGAGACCAGACAAUUGUUAUCAACAAGUCCACGAUUAUUUAAGCGUAAGAUCCAUCAUGAUUUUCUAUCUUGAUUCUUUUGAAAUAUUUUGACAAUAGAAUGAGUAUCCUAUUACUUUGUUUUACAGAUUACCGACGGAGCUACAUUGUUUGGAGUGAUUCAAUUUUGGUCACCAAAUUCACCAUAUGUUGCUCUUCGAUCCAAUCAACAGCAGGGCGAUCACAACCUUUAUCUGAGCAGUAAUGGAGCUGGAGUCAUGAAACUGAAACGUUGGAAUAAACCAAUCCCAGAGUCUCCUUUUACGACCCCAGAAGUCGACCCUGCUUUGUUAUUCCGAGUGGUCAGGCCGUUAGACCAGGACUAA